AGCAAACGUUCCACCGUCCUUGACAUGAUCUGGGCGCCUUUAUAUAUGUAGAUGGCACCAUGUUUGUCCUUGCUGUCUUUUCUCUGCUGUUUGCGUAUCUGUCAUGGUCGCUCAUUCACUUUGCCAAUAACUACAUCGAAGCCAAAAAGAUAGGACUGCCUAUUCUGAUAUGUCCAGUGAACCCGGCCAAUCCGCUAUGGAUGUUUUCCAAAGAUGUGCUCGGCCCGAUCCUCCUUCGCUUACCGUUUGGACUCGGCGAGUGGGCAGGUAGGGCCGAAGUCGGCUGGACUUUCAAGGAGAGGUUCACCGUCCACGCAAAAUAUGGCGAGGCCUUCAUCAUUGUCUCGCCGGGCGAAAACGAAGUCAUUCUUGCCAACCCGGCUGCCGCGGACGACGUGACGCGCCGUCGCAAUGAUUUCAUCAAGAAUCCGGCCAUGUAUGGGAUGUUGGACAUUUAUGGACCGAACCUGGACACUGUUAAUGGCAAAGUCUGGGAUCGUCACCGCAAAAUCACGGUUCCGCCUUUCAACGAACAGAACAGCGCUUUGGUUUGGCGCGAGGCUGGCGAGCAAGCCGAUCAGAUGUUGGCUAUUUGGAGAAGCAAAGCUGAAGUCACAUCUACUCAGUCUGAUGUCCAUGCCGUUGCUCUGAACGUGCUUUGCGGUGCCGGAUUUGGAGUACACAGCAGUUUUGUCGACACCAGACUCCCGCCUGACCACAGCCUCUCGGCCGAGGAGUACCUGGGCUAUCGGGAAAGCUUGCGGGUGUUGCUGGCCAACAUCGUCCCCCUUGUCGUUUUGGGUUUGCUCAAGAAAGUUGGGGUGCCCAAUUGGAUUUGGUUCGGGAACAUGCGCAAGGUCGCCGUUGCUUACGACGAGUUCAAGGGCUAUAUGUCCGAGCUGAUUACGCGGGAGAGGACGGCGAUUGAGCAGGGCGAUUUCUCACGCCAUAACCUCAUGAGCGAGUUGGUCAGAGCGCAAGAACAGUCCAAACAGGCGGCUGGAGGAGACAAGGAGACUGCCACGACUGUGGGACUCUCGGAGGACGAAGUCUACGGCAAUCUUUUCAUCUACAAUCUUGCAGGGCAUGAUACCACGGCAGGCGCACUGCAUUUCGCCAUCACACUGUUGGCGGUGUAUCCGGAAUGGCAGACGUGGAUUGCCGAGGAGAUCGAUCAAGUUCGGAAGGCGGAGUCGAGUGGACUCUAUUACUACGAGCAUACUUUCCCUCAACUGCAGAGGUGUCUGGCGCUUAUGUAUGAAACCCUUCGACUUUAUGGACCGGUGGUCAUGAUGCCCAGAUACACUGGCGAUGCCGCACAAACGCUGCGUAUCGGCGAACAACAACAUGUUAUUCCGCCCAAGACGACCAUCAUGAUCAAUUUCGCUGCGUUACACACUCAUCCCUCCUAUUGGGGUCCCGAUCCUCUUGCUUUUCGCCCAGACCGAUGGUUCGUGCUGACUGGCAAGGACGGAGAAACCAGUACCAUGUUGCAACCAGUCCCGGGAGUUUUUGUGCCUUGGAAUCUUGGCCCGCGAGUAUGCCCUGGCAAGAAGUUUUCACAAGUCGAGUUCACCCGGGUCAUUUUUGGGUUGUUUGCCGAUGGCACCAGAGUCGAAGUGGUCAAACAUGAGGGCGAGACGGAUGAGGAUGCCAGAAUAAGGGUGCUUGAUGUGGUGAAAAAUGCAAAGAUUGAGGUUACCUUGAAAAUGACGGACGCGGAGAGAAUAUCUUUGAAAUGGAUUAAACGGUAAUAAGAGAAUUCUCGAGUUGUUUACGAAUGAUAUGAGACUGGUUUUAAUCUCAUAUGGCAAGAUCAAGCCUGUUCACGAUGCCGUCCUGGCCAUUGAUAGUCCUGAUCCACCGGUAUGUUCUUCCUCAAAUGGUUCUUGUAGGUCGGAGGAAUUCUGCCUAGACGGGCACUGCGAGAAGAGACCGGAGUGGAUUGCUGUUCGUUGUGCGCCUUCAACAAAUCCUCAAUUGCACUCGCCCACUUUACCAGCUUGUCCUCCUGCCACGCCGUAUGCUGCAGUGUCAGAGGUAAUGGCAUGCCAUCUGGGUCCAAACCGAUAGGCAUGGUCAUGACGGGAUAUCCAGCCUGAGCAGCAAUUUGUAUGCCUCCAGCUUUGACGUCGCAAAACAGCAAGGCAUCAAGAGGUUGGCCAUCUUCUGUUCCGUCACUGGAUGGCCCGCGCAAGGCAGCGUCAAUGCCGUUCUCUCGACAUUGUGAUUGGAUGUGCUUCAAAGCGGCGAAGUAUGUCUCAUCUUUGAUGCCUUUGGUUUCGACACAUUUGCGGAAUAGUCGUUGUCCGUCGGGGAACGCUGGGAGAUCGCCAGCAUGGCCACCUUCAGAUCCUCUGUUGUCGUCGUUGAAUUGCACAACAUCCUCAAGAGUUCGGAUCGGGGUGUUCUUCAAUUUGGCCAGGUACUCGUUCAUGAGGUAGUAUGUUUGCACUUUGCUCACUGUUAUUUCUGAGAUCUCUGGAUGGUCGUCUCCGUAACGUUCCCUGCAGCAUGUCAGAAGAGUUCCAACGCGGCGACAGGUGUACUCACCAAUCCCAAACUCCGUCUUUGUCCAAUCUCUCUUCCGCACACGGCAUGUCCACAGGAAUUAUGUCGGCUCCCGCCUCCUUGAUCAACUGCAGGACUUUCUCCGCAACAGCGCGUUGUGGGUAUGGAGCAACUUCCCAAAAGCGCUUGAUCGGCAGUCCAAAUCUUGCCCCUUUCAGAGCGUGUCGGUCGGUGAGAAAGUCGCAGUAGCUCUUG